AGAAAGCAGAGUCCACGUUUGCGCCUCCUGGUUUGGGUUUAGACAUUUAUGCUCAGUUUGUUUUGAUAUUACUACCUCAAUGCAUGUUUGAUUUUGUCAGGAAAUGGUAACUCAAGCCUCCACUUACCUGUUCAGAGCCAGCAAAGGAAGAUUUUAUUUCAGGAAUGUAAGCAUUUUAGUCCCGAUGGCCUGGAAGUCAAAAUCUGAGUACUUAACGCCAAAACGAGAAUCAUAUGACCAAGCGGACGUGAUCGUUGCUGAUCCUUAUCUGAAAUAUGGAGAUGAUCCCUACACACUGCAAUACGGACAAUGUGGGGACCCAGGACAGUACAUCCAUUUUACCCCAAAGUUCCUGACUGAGAAUUUGUCUAUGUAUGGACCCCGAGGCAGAGUCUUUGUCCACGAGUGGGCCCAUCUCCGCUGGGGAGUGUUUGAUGAGUACAACACAGAUCGCCCCUUCUACAUGUCAGGAAAGAAGACUGUCGAAGCAACAAGGUGUUCCCUUAGCAUCACUGGCAAAAAUGUGGUCCACACAUGUCAGGGAGGCAGCUGUGUGACAAGGGUGUGUCGACGUGGCGGGAGAACACUGUAUGAACCCAAAUGUAAAUUCAUGCCAAACAAAGAUCAGAAGGCCAGGGACUCCAUAAUGUUCAUGCAAAAUCUCAGUUCUGUGGUUGAAUUUUGCACAGAAGAAACCCACAAUAAGGAAGCCCCGAACCUACAAAACAAAAUGUGCGACCGCAGAAGCACGUGGGACGUAAUCAAGGAAUCCGCUGACUUUCGUAAAGCCACUCCCAUGACAGGGACGGAAGCACCGCCUCGACCUACGUUUGCUCUGCUGAAGUCCAAAAGGCGAGUGGUCUGCCUGGUGCUGGAUAAAUCUGGAAGCAUGGACUCGGAAGACCGUCUUAUUCGAAUGAAUCAAGCAGCCGAACUUUACUUAACUCAAAUUGUUGAAAAGGAAACUAUGGUUGGAUUAGUCACCUUUGACAAUAAUGCCAAAAUCCAAAAUUCUCUAGAGAUAAUAGCUAAUAAUGGCUACCAAAAGAUCAUUGCAAAUCUCCCUCAAAAGGCUUCUGGUGGAACUUCAAUUUGCAAAGGACUUGAAGCAGGGUUCCAGGCAAUUUCCUCCAGUGGGCAGAGCACCUCUGGUUCUGAGAUCGUACUGCUAACAGAUGGGGAAGAUAAGAACAUAAAUUCAUGCUUUGAGGAGGUCAAUCUCAGCGGUGCCAUCAUCCACACCAUUGCCCUGGGGCCUUCUGCUGCCCGAGAGCUGGAGACUCUCUCAGACAUGACAGGAGGGCUUCGUUUUUAUGCCAACAAAGACGUAAGUGGCCUUAUCGACGCGUUCAGUAGACUUUCAUCCAUGAGUGGCGACAUCUCACAGCAGGCUCUGCAGUUGGAGAGCAAAGCCUUGAACGCCACAGGGAGGGAGUGGGUGAGGGGCACUGUGCCUGUGGACAGCACCAUUGGAAACGACACGUUCUUUGUUGUCACCUGGGAAGAACAAAAGCCACAAAUUAUUCUUCAAGAUCCAAAAGGAAACACAUAUGAAACCUCAGAUUUCAAAGACAAUGAAUUAAAUAUUAGGUCUGCUCGACUUCAAAUCCCAGGCAUCGCAGAGACAGGUACUUGGACUUACAGCCUCUUCAACACCAACACCAAAUCCCAGCUGCUAACCGUGACAGUGACCACUCGAGCAAGAAGUCCUACCAGGCCUCCAGUGAUCGCAACUGCGCACAUGAGUCAGAGCACAGCACAGAAGGACAGCCCAAUGAUCAUUUAUGCGCGUGUCAGCCAAGGGUUUUUGCCUGUUCUGGGAGCCAAUGUCACAGCCAUUAUAGAAGCUGAAGGUGGACAUCAAGUCACCCUGGAACUCCGGGACAACGGGGCAGGUGCUGACACUGUUAAAAAUGAUGGCAUCUACACAAGAUAUUUUGUAGAUGAUCGUGGAAACGGUAGACACAGUUUAAAAGUGCGAGCCCAAGCAAGAAAAAAUACAGCCAGGCUAAGCUUAAGACAACAGAACAAGUCUUUAUAUCUACCUGGCUAUGUUGACAAUGGUAAAAUUAUACUGAACCCACCGAGACCGGAAAUCCAAGAAGCAGCAGAAGCUACAGUGGAGGACUUCCGUAGACUAACCUCUGGAGGGUCGUUUACUGUGUCUGGAGCGCCCCCUGAUGGUGACCACGCUCAGCGGUUCCCACCCUGUAAAAUCAGAGACCUGGAGGCUGAGUUUAUAGGCGGUCUUGUUCACCUUACAUGGACGGCCCCUGGCAAGGUCCUCGAUACAGGAAGAGCCCGUAGCUAUGUCAUCAGAAUGAGUCAAUUCUUCCAAGAAGAUUUUAGCAAUGCCGCUUUAGUGACUACUUCUGGUCUGAUCCCUAAAGAGGCUGGCUUAAAAGAAACAUUUAAAUUCAAGCCAGAAACUUUAAGCAUAGGACGUGGCACCGUGCUCUACUUUGUAAUUCAGGCCAGAAAUGAAGCAGGUCUCACCUCCGAUGUCUCCAACAUCGCACAAGCUGUCAACUUUAUUGCUCCAGACAGUAUCUCUGCACUGGGUCCUGACAUCUCUGCAAUCUGUCUGACAAUUUGGGGGUUAACUGUUUUUUUCUUUUUUUAAACUUUAUUUUAAACUAGAAAAUAUAUUAGAACUAAAAGCCAAUCUUGUAUAUACUUGUUAAGUGUUUCUUUAGAAUGAAUUUACUAAACCCAGUGUCUGCUAAUCAGCAAUUAUAAUAUAGAAGUUCAUAUUCAAAGGUGAAAAUUCCCUGAGUUAACUAACACCACUUUUCUUGCUUUAUAUAAGUCAAGAUUAACAUUGCCUCAAUCGGUUUGUUAAUUGUUCCAUUUACUAUGGAAAUAAGAUAUCUGUUCCGUUUUCACUGCGUGAUACAAAAUUCCUUUUGCAUAUUAAGAAAAUAAAAAUCCAUACAAGCCACUUGAAAGUAAUUAUAC